GCUUAUUGAUUAUUAUUUGUGGGAUUAUUCCAUAUUAUUUUUUUGUGAUUAAACCAUGCGUUCUGGUCGUGCAGCAUGGAUAGGAUUAAAUACAGCCUCAUAUAUAUGUGAAUUAAUAUUCUUGGGUUUAGCCAUAGCAGUUCAAAUUUCACCAGACUGGGCAGUUUAUGAUGUGCCAUACAUUGGAGCUGUCACUGAUUAUAACCAGUUGAGUCGAUCACGUGGAUUGUGGAAACAAUGUGUAACAAAUCAAAUAGUAACUUCAUCGUUUAACGGUCAAUGUUAUUACCUUGAACCUUUUGAUGGAUCCGGCGGUUACAAUGCUAAUGUUCAACCGAUAUUAUCAAUGAGGACUGCUAUAAAUGCUUUGCAAAUCAUAGUUAUUAUAUUGGUCGCUUUAAUUAUUUCUAUUACGUGUGCUUUCUUAAUUCUAUCAUGGAAAAGACCAGAAAAGUGUAAACCAAGAAGUGGACAGUAUACAGCAUUAGGCGGAGGAGCUGCAUUAUGGUUUAUGGGUCUCAUCUACUUCAUAAGCCUGCUAAUCUACUAUGAAGUUAUGUCACAAGAGAAUUAUCGAUUGGAUACUUCAUUAAGAUCUGCACGAUCAUCUUGGUCAAUUACUGUUCGUAAUAAUGCAGUUUAUCUUGCUGGUGGUAUGAUACCAAUGGCUUGGUCAGCAUGUGUCCUGUUAUAUGCUGGUAGUUUUUUUCAGCUUGGCGCAAGUGCUCUUCAACGACCCCCAGCCAUUGAGGAGUAGGAAGCUAAGAAGAUGAGACAAUUGAAGUUUCAUUUUCAUGUACUUAACUAACACGUUUGUUUACUGACCUUCCAGCUGUUCUAAUUCCAUUUGUCAAUAAAUAUCCUUAUGUGCUUUAACUAUUAUCUAACUAGUAAUUCUGAUAAAGAAUUUUGAUGCUUACCUAAUACUUAGCAAACCUGUGUAUCUUAGAUGUGUCUUUUUCUGUUGAAAUAAUUUUGAUUUUUCUCCCACUGUAAGAAUUAUCAUAAAUUAAUUUUUACUUUUUUUUGUUAUUGUUGUUGUAAUAAUGCCCACAAGUUGUGAUUAUAGAAAUUAAAACAUUGGACAGUUCAA